AUGGUAUCCCCCUCCCUCCAGUUCCAGGACACAGAAAACCGCUGUCUCAGUGGGAUCCACACAUUGAGCCAUGUGGCAAGUUUGACUUGCCCCAGGAAAGGCUCCAGGAGGCAGGUACCAUCGUAUCCGGGGAGCUUCAGGGUGGACCUUGUGGAGGUAAUCGUUGAAGCCCUUUGGUCUGCCCAUCCUCCCAUGGCCAUGGGGUCUUGGGUUUCCGCAGUGUGGGUCGCGACGGAGGAGGCUGAUGCACUCUGGCACGUCCCCCGGGUUCUGGAGCCCGGUUCCGGAGGAUGGAAGAUUCCCGAGACGGUCGUUCCACAGUAUCGCUGCUCCGGGAAGAAACCAGGCUGGUUAAACGGUCCCCAUCCCAACGUGGGAGAGGGGGAGGUGACCAGGACCGUCUGCUUCAGCAAGGAUGAAAAACCCUGUGAGAAGAACCAGGAGAUCAGGGUGAAAAACUGCUCUGGUUAUUUUGUGUAUCGGCUGUGGCCGACACCCGGGAAUGAUGCUGUGUACUGUACAGAUCCCCGGUCAGACACAACUUGUGAACCCCAGGGAGCAGCGACGGGUGAACCUAGUUUGAGUUUGACCAUCACCCCGGAAGGAUCUGUGAGCUCAGACUUCCAGUCAUCCACAACUCCAGAGCCCCCAGGAUCAGAGACAAGUGAGCCGAGUCUGGGUUUGACCAACCCCCCAGCAGGGUCUGCGAGCUCCGGUACAGAUUCCCAGUCGGACACAACUCCAGAAUCCUCAGGAUCAGAGACGAGUGAGCUGAGUCUGGAUUUGACCACCAGCCCAGCAGGGUCUGUGAGCUCAGGCCUGGAGACUUCAACACUGGAACAGUCUACAGGAUUGUCUACUGGAGAACACACCCAGGAACUGUCCUCUGUCCCAGCUGGAGACACAUCCUCAGUCACAGACUCCACACUCGGUGAUCCGUGUGUGACCCACACCGUCCUGGAUCAGCCCUGGAGGAGCACGGAUUGUUCCAACACUGAGUGUACCGGUGGACAAUGGAUGGGUGAUGGAAAUCUUACAGUGGGAUGGUACAGAUUUAACAGUUCCGGAGGAUGGAAGAUUCCGGAGACGGUCGUUCCCCAGGAUCACUGCUCCGGGGAGAAACCAGGCUGGUUAAACGGUCCCCAUCCCAACGUGGGAGAGGGGGAGGUGACCAGGACCGUCUGCUUCACUGUGGGUGAAAACACCUGUCCCUGGAGACGGGAGAUCAGGGUGAAAAACUGCUCCGGUUACUUUGUGUAUCGGUUGUGGCCGACUCCCUGGAGUACCGCUGUGUACUGUACAGGUAGGUCACCGUUCCCCAGAGACACAGCAGUGUGGUAG